AUGAACCUGGUAACAGCUCUCUGUCCAAGUGUGGAGCAGACCUUCUCCAUAAUUAUGUACAUUUUUAAAUGGUUCGGCUUCAUUCCAUUCGAAAUCGAUUCUCAUAAUUUGAAAACAUUUUCCUGUGACUAUCUACGCAGUCCUCGGUAUGCAUAUAGAUGGAUCAUUGCGCUUGGAUUUUUCUACGCGGUGCUAACUGCAGUUACGUGGGUUUUCCAUGAUGACAUAUUUUUUAAGGAUUUCGCCAUUGGCUGGAUCAACGAUGUGCUCAAGUAUAGCAGUGAAGUAUGUGCAGUUUUUGUUGCACUGAUAGAAAUGGCUGGAGUAACGAACACUCAACGGAAUAGACAAAUUGUUUCAAAUGUUUUAAACUUGCUUUUCUAUUUAAAAAAUUGUUAUAUUGAAAUAUGGCUUAUGAAUAUGAACGUAAAUAUGACUCUUGGAUGGAGUAACUGUUUUACCCUGGUUAGUAAUUUCAUUCACCUGGCUAGCGACAUAUACUGGAUGUAUCUUGUAUUAUUGAAUAAGUCGAUUGAUGGAUACGGAGAUCUUAUUUUGGGUAUGUGUCCAUUCCCGAUUAUCACGGUACUGUUGGUCUAUUCAGCUGAAUCCUGCGUUGCAGUAGUAACUUCUUUAGAACAUUUACUUCAUAAAAUGCCGGAACCCGCAGAUAUAGAACUUUAUUGUGUUCUGGACAGAUUCUCUUACUGCAUCAAACAGCAACCGAUUAAAUUUGAAUCACAUGGUUUAUUCGAAUUCAAUUCUAGAUUAUUGAAAACGCUUAUUACCGGUUUUGUAACUUAUAUGGUGAUGUUUAUUCCAUUUACAUCGGAUAUACCGGAAAUUAGCGAUACAGAUACUGGUGUACUAAAAUAG